UGUUUCCCUCUCAACUUAAAAGUUUACUGGAGAGUACGAAACACAGCGAUGGAAAAGGCUGUCAGUGAGUGGAUUUAAAUGAUAUGACUUCAAAGAAACAAGAAUUAACCUUUCGGUCAAAUAACGUAACUCCAUCCACAGUGUUAGCACUCGGCGCUUGAUCGAUGUCAGUCGUAACUGUUAUGCCGUCAUCAAUCAUCGUAAGAUAUUAUGAUCAGGACACUAGCCGUUGCAUUGCGACGGCAAACCACCUCAACGAUCUUAAAACCACGAACGACAAAAAUCAAGGAUUUUUAUGAAGAUGUGUUUCGACAUGGCAAACCGUUGAGGUUAUUCUGUUGCUGUGGUUCUGGACCUAUCAGACCUAGUGAUGAUAUAGUGGAAUAUCCUUUGGAGUUGAACCCACCUCCAGCCUUUCUAGAUGAAAGAGUAAAGCUUUUUGAUAGACUGAAGGCAGAAUAUGAUGCUAAAAUUGAAGCCAAAGAUAAAACACCAAUUAAGGUGACUCUACGAGAUGGUAAAGUUGUAGAUGGACAGGCCUGGAAGACAACCCCUUAUGAUAUAGCAAGUUCUAUUAGCCAAGGACUUGCUGAUAACACUGUUGUUUGCAAGGUUAAUGGUAAAGUGUUUGAUUUGGACAGAGUUCUUGAAGGAGACUGUACUCUAGAAUUUUUAAAAUUUGAAGACGAUGAAGCCAAAGCAGUCUUUUGGCAUUCUAGUGCCCAUAUUAUGGGUGAAGCCAUGGAGAGACAUUAUGGGGGGUAUCUGUGUUAUGGACCUCCUAUAGAAGAGGGAUAUUACUAUGACAUGUUCUUGGAUGGAAGGCAGGUGUCAUCCAAUGACUAUCCCUCUCUUGAUUCUUUGACGAAGUCCAUUGUGAAGGAGAAACAACCAUUUGUAAGACUUGAGCUGUCAAAAGAAGACCUCUUAGAGAUGUUCAAGUACAAUGAAUUUAAAUGCAGGAUUAUAAGGGAAAAAGUAAAAACCCCCACCACCACUGUCUACAGGUGUGGGCCUCUUAUUGACUUGUGCCGCGGUCCUCAUGUAAGACAUACUGGAAAGAUAAAAGCCAUGACAGUCACUAAGAACUCUGCCACAUACUGGGAAGGAAACUGCGAAGCAGAAUCUCUCCAGCGGCUCUACGGAAUCUCAUUCCCAAAUGAGAAACAGAUGAAAGAUUGGAAGAAAUUUCAGGAGGAAGCUGCUAAAAGAGAUCACAGAAAAUUAGGCAGGGAUCAUGAAUUGUUUUUCUUCCAUGAGUUAAGCCCUGGAAGCUGUUUCUUUUUGCCGAAAGGAGCCCACAUCUACAACACACUAAUAAAUUUCCUUAAGGAAGAGUACAAAAAGCGAGGUUUCCAGGAAGUUAUUUCACCAAACAUCUAUAGCACUAAGUUGUGGGAGACUUCGGGACACUGGCAACAUUACUCUGAAAACAUGUUCUCUUUUGAGGUGGAGAAGGAACGGUACGCUCUAAAGCCCAUGAAUUGUCCAGGACAUUGUGUAAUGUUUGACCAUCGUCCACGGUCUUGGCGUGAGCUUCCACUGAGGAUGGCAGACUUCGGAGUGCUUCAUCGUAAUGAACUGUCUGGUACACUUACUGGACUGACCCGAGUCAGAAGAUUUCAACAAGAUGAUGCUCAUAUCUUUUGUAGACCAGAUCAGAUUGGUGAAGAAAUCAAAGGCUGCCUGGAUUUCCUGAAGUUCGUGUACAACAAGUUUGGUUUCUCCUUCAAACUUUUCCUGUCCACCAGACCUGAGAAGUACAUGGGUAAGCUGGAGCUUUGGGACAGUGCUGAGAAGGAGCUGGAACGACGUCUCAAUGAGUUUGGAAUGACUUGGAAGUUGAACCCAGGAGAUGGAGCAUUUUAUGGACCCAAGAUUGAUAUUCAGAUUCAAGACGCACUCCGCCGGUAUCACCAGUGUGCAACCAUACAACUUGACUUCCAGCUGCCAGAAAGAUUCAACCUAACUUUUGUCAGUGGCGAUGGCGAUGAGAAGAAAAGGCCUGUCAUCAUUCACCGCGCCAUAUUGGGCUCCGUAGAGAGAAUGAUUGCUGUCCUUACUGAGAAUUUUGGUGGGAAAUGGCCGUUCUGGCUUUCUCCAACUCAAGCCAUCGUCAUUCCUGUUUCCCCUAAGUACGAAGACUAUGCAGUCAAGGUGAAGACUACCGUGUUCAGUGCAGGUUAUCAGGCCGAUGUUGACCUCGAUCAUGGCACCACACUGAACAAGAAGAUCAGGAACGCACAGCUUGCUCAGUACAACUUCAUAUUUGUUGUGGGCGAAAAGGAAGAAAAUUCCAACACGGUCAAUGUCCGUACCCGCGACAAUAAAGUUCACGGGGAGAAGACUGUCGAUGAAGUGCUUGAAAAGUUUGCCCAUCUCUCCAAGGAACGAAUCAGGGACAGCGAGGAGGAAUUUUGAAAUGACAAUAAUUUAGAACGCAUGGUUCUUUCGUAAAUUGCUAUAACCAGCAACAAAAAAAAGGGGAAAGAAGAGGGGAAAUAGGGAGGCAGGGGCUGGAAAUCAGUUUUAGGAAGUUGUUCAAUGUGACUAGAGGACAAAAAGUGUAUCUUUUAGGUGUAACACGAGCUAACACAUGUCAGUAUAUGGUAUUGUAUUGAACUCUUUGCACCUUAAUACAGUAUCAGUAUGCAUUCUCUCCAUGCUGUAUACGUUUUCUGAGGUGCUGCCAAGGAAAAUUUGUGAAACAAUUAACAUUUUCUCUAGUCGGUGGUCCUUACCCUCAUUCUUGUGACCUUAAAGUUUGAUUCAGAGGUGAUAUUGUGAGGAGUAUUAGGACGCCAGUCACCCUUAGGGGGUUAGAAGGUUAAUGUAGGACUAACUCCACUCGACAGAUUUUGAAAAAAAAAAAAAGAAAUUUUUCAUGACGAUUCGAAAUACGUUAUUGCUGAAUAAUAAUAGCAGCUAACCAAAGCUAUAUGGAUUUCCGCCCCGCCCUUUCCUAUUCCAUUCAAACUAACCAUAAGCAACUGCUUAAACUUGUUUUUAUUUUUGUUUCCGUUUUGUGGUAAUCUAUUAGUACCACAUUUUCAAAUUGGUUUGCCGUAGUGUCACGUCCUCUACUAGCUCGCCGUGCAUUAAGAAUUCUUUACUCUAAUUCACAAAAUGAAAUGUAUGAAAUUUGUUAAAAGUAAACCUCAGGGGAAGGUUAAGUUUACAGACGUAGUUAGUAUUUAGACGUGCUGUGAAAAGACGAGGAUGUCUGUGUGAAUUGCAUGUGGCAAUGACAACAUGGUUAUUAUUAAAAUAAUGUUAGAACUUA